AUGACAACACGACAAAAAUAUAUCGAUUACUCUCAGUUAUUUUCGCAGUUAAUAGAUGAAGAGGAUGAGAUGAAUGAAACAGUUGUUUCGUUUCUUUAUCACCUUUUUCCGAACGAACUUUUUGUUAGAGGUAUAUCUGUCCUCGAAUCUGGUAACAUGUUCAUCUACGUACUUGAAAAAGAUGGGAAGGAACUACAUUCUAAUUCGAGUUCAUCUACUGAUAACGAUGCUCCCAGUGUUUCUACAGCUGAAGCUUCAGAACCAUCCUCUACGAGUUUAAAUGAUAUCUUUCAAUCUAGCCAUACCAAAGAGAAUUCACUAGUGGAGAAACUAUAUACAGAACCCCAUUCCUUGACCUACCGGCUCAUUGUGAAGCAAGAGGAACUUAAGAGUCCACCAAUAUAUGUUGAUCUGCCGCACUGGUUUUGUUCAUGCGAUGAGUUCAACGAAUUGUUUAAGCAAGAAAUGCUUGAGAAUGAAGAGCCGUCGCUGUACUCUCAGGCAGUGUUCGAGUUGAUAGACGAAUCCGAACAUCUUGAGGAUAAAUUCGGUCUGUUAGCACCGCGUUCUGGCCAUCAGCGGUUUUUUCGGCACGAACUUGUGAUGUGUCCGCAUUUGCUGGCAUUUGGUUUAAUCUUAGAAACAAGACCUGCAAUGCUACGAUAUUUUAUUGAGAAGAGAUCUCAAGUAUUCCUAAUAACAAUUCAGAAUGUUGAUGAGUGGCUGAAGUUACAUUUGAAUAUUGUGGUAUAG